UCACACACUCUCUCCCUCUCACUCUUCUCACAUACAAAUUACAACUAUAGAGAGAGAAAGACAAGAUUUUUCCCAUUGAUUCAGUCUCUCUCUCUCUCUCUCAUCAAGCUUCAUCAAAAUUAAUAAAUUACCCUUUUCAUUGAGCUUUGGAAUGAGACAUUAGAAAACUCAUAAAGUAUCAAGCAGAGUGUGUUAUGGGAAUUGAGUGACAAGACAUUAUUCUUAUUAUUAUUAAUAUUAUUAUUAAUAUUAAUUAUUGAUAUGAACGAGGAUAGACAAAUGGAAGUGCAUUACAUAGACACUGGCUUUCCUUACACAGCUACUGAAAGCUUCAUGGAUUUCUUUGAAGGCCUCACACAUGUCCCUCCACUCACUUAUCCUCAUCCUCCCUCUGUCCAUGAUCAGGAAAGUUUAUACUGGUCAAUGAACAUGAAUCCAUACAAAUUUGGAUUCUCUGGGACAGAAACUACUACUUCUACUUCUUACUAUGGUCAUUAUGAGGUAAAUGAUCAUUUGCCAAGAAUGGAUAUGAACAGGAGAGCUUGGGAAUACCCUUCUAUGAUGACCACAGAGGAAAUUCCAACCACAGAUCACUCAGUACAACAUUUCGAGGAUGGAUCGUCAUCAGGAGAUGCGGAUGCAGCACCGGUUCAUGCCACACUUGAAGAAAAUAUCCCAAAUCAACAGAACAGUAAUACCAGCUCUUCCCAGACUGUGUGGCAAGAUGGCAUAGAUCCUGACAACAUGACCUACGAGGAAUUACUAGACUUGGGUGAAACAGUUGGUACUCAAAGUCGAGGACUUUCCGAUGAUCUGAUCAACUUGCUUCCGACAUCCAAGUAUAAGUUUGGAAGUUUUUUCUCAAGAAAAAAAUCCGGGGAAAGGUGUGUGAUUUGCCAAAUGAGGUACAAAAGAGGAGAUAAGCUAAUGAAAUUACCAUGCAAACAUUUAUAUCAUAGUGAAUGCAUUAGCAAAUGGCUCAGCAUUAACAAGGUAUGCCCGGUUUGUAACAUGGAGGUAUUUGGCGACGAGCUAAGUUGAGGGGCGAAAGCUUCAAUUUAUAACCGAAAAAGAGGAAGAAGAAAACUCAAUUUUUCUUUUUAAAAGUUUUAGUCUUUUUUCUUUUUCUUAAAUCUUUGUAUACAUGAUACAGGGCUAGGUAAUGAAUUAAGGGUAGAUAGUCUCUUGUCUUCUUUUUUCUUUUUCUUAGUACAAUUGAUGUUUAAUUACAAAUUCCUUUUCACUCUAACUUCUCUGUUGUUGAUGAUGAUUAUGAGCUUCAUAAUAUGACCAAAAAAUAGCAACUUUAUGAGCA